GACAAUAUACAUACAUGUAUGCAUAUUAUACUUACAAUUAGUGCAUAUAUGCACACGUACUCUCGCGCAACGUGCGCGGCGAAGGCAGGGAGAUUUGAUUGUUGAUUGAGUGUUAAAACACGCACAAUCGACCAAUUGCAGGCUAAUCGACCAUACAAUCUCCAUUUGAAGUUUACAGUUCCUCGCAGUCUACAUUGUGCCAUGCAGUGUAUGGAACGUGUUCUUUUUUUUUACCAAUUUUUCACGAUGGACAUCGGAACGCUGUGUGAGUUUUUUCUUUCAUAAGUCAUCCUGGAUGAAUGGAAUGAUAAAGUAUGUUUUUGGUCCGUCCAGUGCAUCAAAUGCAGAUAGUACAUCGAAAGACAUUCGAAAGGAGAUGAAUAUUUCAGACUAAUAUGCCGUGGGCUUGAUCAAGUCAAUGGACAGAUAUCGACAGUUGUGCACGAAUCCGACAAAGGGUUGACAGUUCUAUUCGGCGAAAUUUUCGUGCUAGCGACUGACGAAAGUAAAUAACAGACGAACAGAUAUACAUUGGUUUUCUCGAAUCGAGACGUCUGGUUAGUGAAAGGAAUAACGCUACGAGAGGCGGUGAUCGGACAUGGCCUGGUAUCCUGCGAACGGCACAAAGCCACAAGUCGGCGACAAUUAUGUGUUGAAUGUUUUGAAUUACAUUAACGAACUGAACGAAUCGUUCAGCGCCGAGCACCUGAAAUGUCUCGAACGCGAGCAUCAGGAUCAGGAAAAUCAGAAGCAGGAACAGCAGGAAUGCGAAGUGAACUGGGACACCGUAUUGUGCUGGCCUCGAACACUUUCUGGUACCUUGGCUACCAUCCCCUGCUUCGACGAACUCAACGGAAUACCUUACGAUAGCACUCAAAAUGCCAGUCGUUGGUGUAUGCCAAAUGGGACCUGGGACAGUUAUUCCAAUUAUUCCAUGUGCCUUGACGUACGGUUACCGACCACCGAGCCUGGCAUAGAAAUCAUGACUACGCUAUAUUUCAUCGGUUAUUCUAUCUCCUUAUUUACUUUAAUAAUGGCAGUCUGUAUAUUCAUCUACUACAAAGAGUUACGAUGUCUGAGAAACAACAUACACAGAAACAACAUACACACGAAUCUAAUGUUCACUUAUAUCUUGGCUGAUUUGACGUGGAUUUUAACUACUAUAAUGCAGGUGUCCAUGCAAACGGAUAUACCGACUUGCGUGACACUCUUCUCACUUCUUCAUUAUUUCCACUUGACAAACUUUUUCUGGAUGUUCGUCGAAGGUCUGUAUCUGUAUCUGUUGGUCGUGAAAACGUUCACUGGCGACAAUAUCAAGCUGAGACUCUGCCUAGUGAUUGGCUGGGGUAUCCCAGUACUCGUGAUAGUCAUGUGGGGAAUCGCCAAGUCGCUAAAUCAGAAAGUUACGCACCACGUCAUGAAUCAGGCUAAUCAGGAAGUGGCGCUCUGGAAGCACUGUCCCUGGAUGACACCUCAUCCGUACGACUGGUUUUAUCAAGCAUCCGCUUUAACAGUCUUAGCGGUGAACAUGAUCUUCCUUUUCAUGAUUAUGCGGGUGCUGAUAACGAAGCUCUGGUCAUCUAAUAACGUGGAAACGCAGCAAUAUCGGAAAGCCAGUAAAGCUCUCUUGGUGUUGAUACCACUUCUAGGAGUGACAUACGUACUGGUAAUAGCCGGACCUACCAAAGGCCAAGUCGCGAAUGCAUUCUAUUAUGCUCGCGCGGUUCUACUUUCUUCGCAGGGAUUCUUCGUGGCGUUGUUUUACUGCUUUCUUAAUACCGAAGUGCAGAAUACGGUUAGGCAUCAUUUCGCACGAUGGAGCACCGCGCGAAAUCUUGGCACCCGCCGGAGGUAUUAUAACAAUUGGUCCCCUCGUUCAAGAACGGAGAGCAUAAGAUUGUGCCAGCCGUCGAAUCCGUAUCGAAAGCGAGAAUCUACGGUAAGUGAAACUACUACUACGACAGUGAUAGGCUUGAAUUCCACCACAACGUUCCUCGAUAAAUCUAAAAGGGUUAUUUCGGAGGAGCUCAACGAAUAAGACAAGAUUCAUGAAAAAAAAAAUUCAAUGUGGAACGAGUGGCAAACUACUACUCGAUGUUCUUGACAAAUAGUUGGCAAAUGUGUAAAGACUGAAAAUUGCUGCGAUCCUUAUCGCACUUUCCUCGAGAUUCUUCCUUCGAGCUUUUCGCAGCUUUUCAAGGAGAAUAACUUGUAAAUAAUUAUUCACAAGCACGAACAUGAAUUUACGCGAAAAACAUAUCCUCUAUAUACCAUACUCGAUAUUUUUCAUAUCACAUUAAGACUUUCACAUAUCAUUGCAGUCUUGUUGGAUUAUCACAUCAAUUGCGAGAAAUUAUGUAACUUUUAUCUUUGGCACUCGUAUGCUAACAUAUAACUUGUUAUCGAAAUUUUAUUCGAUUUAUGUAAAAUAUGCUAAAGAUUUUUUCUUUCUCUUUUUGAAUUAGGAUAUAAUCUACAAAUCUUGAUUAUAUAAAUCAAGCUCCGUCUUUCCUGAAAAUUUAAAUCAUAUGCAAAUUGUGUUGCAUCUUUAUUGCAUAUUAUUUACAUAUUUUUUUAAGAAAUUUUUUUAAACAGAAGAAAAAAAACGUUUAACCUUUUUUCACAUAUUUUAUUAAUUUAUACUUGAACAUGAGCAAUAAAAAUGAAUUUAUUUUCAUGUAUAAUAUAAUGCAAACCCAUACAACAUUGAAUUUUCUCGAAGGCAUUUAAAAAAUAUUUUUAUUAAAAAGUGAAAUAUUUCUAAAAAAUUAUAAUAUGUUUGCAACAGAUCUGGGAUAGUUACUUUUCGUUACACUUGGAUAUUUUUUUUUUUAAUUUAUUGUAUGUAAUUUUAGAAAUAUUUCUGUUGCAACGUUUUAUAGAAUUUUAUAUUUGCAAAAUUUUCAGAAUAUUUGCGCAUAAAAUGCGAAUGGUUGAAACUAAAGAAACCUAGUUGAAACUAGAAAACUAGAAACUAGUUGAAACCUUUCUGAAAAUUUUUCGCAACAAUCGGUGUUGUAUGAAAGAGAAAAAAAAUCCUUGUUUCGCUUCUGACGUGAUAAUUCAAUAUAGUUGCAGAAGAAAAACCUAUAUAACAUCAGCUAGAAUCUCAAUUUUAUAUACAAUUCAUUAUAAUUCCAAAAAAAAAACUAAACGAGUUAAGAGAAAUCGCGUAUGAUAGAAUAUUGUCUUGUAUUGUUAAAUUAUAAAUUUAAGAUUGCAGAUAUCCUCCUUCUUGACAUUACUGCAAUAAUUCUCAUCGUUGAGAAACUCGUUGACAAUUUAAAAUUCUACAAAAAUGAGUGUCGUAACGCAAAACGUCAUUUUUCUCAUUGAACGCUCAGCGAAAAAUAACAACUAAAUAAAAGUAAUAUAUCGUAUUUCUUUAUCACUAUUCACUCUGCGUUCAAUAACAUAUCGCGUUAUAACAUUCAUUUAAGAUUCGCUUAUGAAUUUUAUGAUAAAUAUUUCUGUCAAAAGAUUUUUGAACGUAGAUCGUGUUAGGCAAUUACAUUUGUGACGAUAAAAAUUUAAUUUUUCUUCCUUUUCUCAUCCCCAAAAUUCUCACACUAAUAUUAAUAAAGAAAUUUUAAGCACAUUUUUUUCCUUUAACAGGAAAUUGAAACUAUUAUAGAAAGGAACACUGUAUGUUAUGGCAAACUGUUAACAAUCUAGUCGACACCAAGCAUCAGUUACAUUUAUCUAUAUUAAAAUUUGCACUGAAUAAUAUAAAUAUAACACAUAUUGUUAUAUUUACAUUGUUGAGUACGAAAUUUUAACAUAGAUGUAGCUGAUACUUAGUGUUGACUAGGAAUAUAAUAAUUUAUUAUUAUUUAUUUUGUUGCUGUUGCAUUAUUCAAAACAUCAAUCAAUUAUCCAAACGAGCUCAAGUACUAAAACUUAAAUCUGAUGAUCAAUGAUAAUACAUCGAUGUUAAUAUUAUCGAUAAUUGCUUCCAAAUAAUACAUAUAUGCGUAUAUAGUAUAUGUAUGUGUGUGUAAAUACAUACAUACAUAUAUAUACAUACAUACACACACACACACAUAUUAUACAUGUAUCAUGUAAAGAUAUCUGCAGACUAUAAUGGAAAUGAAAGUAUGUUUACUAUAUAAACUUAUAACAGUUGUAAAUAAAAUUACUUACCUGUGCU